CCAUUCUGAUUGGUUAAGCGGUGUCCGGCUCAGGGCCCUCUGUCUCUGCAGUUGUCUUCCGGAAGAGAACAUCCAAGCAGGCAACUGUGUUAGGUGAGGCCGGGGCUGCCAUGGGAGUGUCUGACUGAACUUUAUACAUAAUAAUAAACCGCUUCACCGUCUGUAUUACAAUGACUGCCCUGACUAUCAGAGCAAUUAGUAAACAGCAAUCUAGACCAUCAACUAUGCUGUGUAUAGAGCUCUGCACACACCGCGACCGGCAGCAAUUAUACUGAAUAUACACAGCACUGCACCAUGCACACAGCACUGUACCGGGGGGGGGCACUGUACCAUGCUCACAGCACUGUACCAGGGGGGCACUGUGCCAUGGACACAGCACUGUACCAUGCUCACAACCAGCACUGUACCAUGGACACAGCAUGGAUUGCUUUGUACAGUGCUGUGUAUAACUCACAGGCACACACUGAUUUAUCUUCUUUCACUUUCUAUCUUUUAGGAAAAGACAAUGAAGGACCAGGAUUUAGAAAGCUGCAUAACUACAGGUCUUCCAGUGUUAACAGCUGCCACCUCACUGCCACCACCAUCAGCAUCCAAUAACAUGAGCACUCCUGAUAUAUGUCCGUCUGCCCCAUUGGUCAGUCAAGGUGAGCAUCACCCAGAUAUUUUGGGACCCACACUUAAAAUGGCUAAACUGACCAAAUUCUGUCUGAAAUGUCAUUGUUUGGCUUUGUAUUUAUUUACAACUAAGACACAGAGACUGUCACACAGCUCAUAUUAAAGUACCUCAGAUGUAAAAGCUUUCCAUGAAGCCCCGAGACUUUUACCUUAUAAGCGGAACCUGCACUUACAGAGUUUAGAGUAUUUUCAUAAGGUGAGCACAAUGGCUGUGUCAUAGUAUCAGUAAAUGAAGUGGCAGAAUGAAUAUGCAUAUAAGUAGGGUGUAAUUGUAUAGCCAAAUAGAAGAAAAUGAGUGAGAAUACGAAGAGCUAAUUUCCCAGCCUGAUGUAAGACUCAAAUCCUGGUGCUUGACAUUUUAAUUAUGAAAAUAAAAUUGAGGUAUGCACACAAAAGCAGUGGCUGACAGGAAGUAUUAUGAUGAGUGUGUCCAAAAAUAAACAAUAAAAAGGUUGGAGUUACUUGUUCCAUAAGUUUGCUAUUAAUUCUGAAGUAGUUUUUCACUAAAAGUUAACCAUACGGCAGAGGCAGUGACCAUGAAAUAUAUCUAUCUAAUUUCUUUCGUAACAGAAGUAAAAUAGAAUUGGUUAUAUAGAUCCUAGGUGCCUGGCAGAUUCAGCUUUGUUCAGGCUUCAGUAUUUGUCACAAAAUUAAUUUCUUCUUCCACAUUCUAUUUAACACUAUACUGCAAAACGGAAGUUUGACUUCUUUCCUCCGAUAUAUCACUUACUCUGCUCCUAAUCACUCACUUUGCUCCUGCCAGGAGCUCUCUAUCUGAGCUAAGCCUGACAAUGCAGGACUUAGCUUACUGACUGAGAGUGAUCAGCUUGUUAUGGUGCUUGGAGUUUUUUUAACUGGCUGAGAAUUCUGGCAAAUGUAGUCCAACAGAUUAUGUAUAUUUGUUAGUUAUUUUUAUGUUUGUUCUUGUUAUAAAUCUGGCUUUUUUUGGCAGAAGAAGGUGCAGCUGGUCAACCACCUACUAUUUGUGAUGUAUCUGAAGAGCUUAGUAGACAACUGGAGGAUAUACUAAACACAUAUUGCACUGAUGCAGAGCAAGAAGCAGUAGCUGAACCUGAUGAGACAGAUAGAGGUCCUCCAGAGUCUACCAGAAAUGGGGAGUCGGGGUUAGUAGUACCAGAAAUCAACGGUGUAAAAGAGGAGUUACGAGGUGCAGAAGAUAAUAAAAACAUCAAUGACACUGACCGGGAUCAAAAGCGUAUUCAAGACAAGAAGAAAGCAAAGGGGCUCGGUGAGUGACACUGAACAUUGUGAAUUAUUAUUAUUAUUAUUAUUGCCAUCUAUAUAGCUCCAACAGAUUCCGUAGCGCUUUACAAUAUUAUGAGAGGGGGGAUUUAACUAUAAAUAGGACAAUUGCAAGAAAACUUACAGGAACAAUAGGUUGAAGAGGUCCCUGCUCAAAUGAGCUUACAGUCUAUAGGAGGUGUGGUAUAAAACUCAUUAGGACAGGAAAUAGUCCAAUAAGGUGGGAAUGAAGCAGAGCUGGAGGAGAGAGUAGAGUGCUGCCCUUUGAGAAAGAGCAAGAGACAGGUAUGUGAGGUAGAGGUUACUCUGGGAGGCCAUAAGCUUUCCUAAAGAGAUGGGUUUUAAUGCACUUCUUAAACGAUUGAAGACUAGGGGAGAGUCUGAUGGCGGUAGGCAGGCUAUUCCAUAGGAAGGGAGCCGCCCCCGAGAAGUCCUGUAAGUGUGAGUUGGCUGUACGGGUGCGAGCAGUGGACAGGAGAAGGUCACGGGCAGAGCAGAGAGACUGAGAAGGGGCAUACCUAUUGAUGUGUGAAGAGAUAUAAGCGGGGCUAGAAUUGUUCAGUGCUUUAUAGGUAUGGGUUAGCACUUUGAAUUGACUCCUAUAGGAUUCAGGAAGCCAAUGUAAGGACUGACAGAGAGGUGAGGUGUGAGAGGACCGACUAGAGAGGAAAAUCAGUCUGGCAGCAGCAUUCAUUACAAACUGUAGCGGGGCAAUUCGGCUUUUGGGAAGACCAGUUAGGGGAGGGUUAAAAUAAUCCAUGUGGGAAAUUACUAGAGCAUGGACAAGCUCCUUAGUAGCAUCUUGCGAAAGAAAGGGGCGGAUACGGGCUAUGUUUUUAAGAUGGAAUCUACAGUAUUUGGUAAUAUGCUGGAUGUGAUGCUCAAAGGUGAGGCCAGAAUCCAGUAUGACACCAAGACAGCGCGCUUGCAAGGAUGGACUUACGUGGAUACCACUAACUUGAAGGGAGAGCAAAAGAGGAGGAUCAGUAUUAGGAGGAGGAAAGACCAGGAGCUCAGUUUUAGAGAGAUUUAGUUUCAGAAAGCGGGAGGACAUCCAGUCAGAGAUGGAAGAAAGGCAAGCAGUGACAUGUUGCGGGACGGCAGGGGAGAGGUCUGGGGAGGAGAGAUAUAUCUGGGUGUCAUCGGCCUGCAGGUUGUAGUGGAAUCCAAAUAAGGUAAUACGUUUGCCAAGAGAGGCAGUAUAAAGAGAAAAUAGAAGGGGACCAAGGACAGAGCUUUGGGGGACUCAAACCGAGAAAGGACGAGGGGAGGAGGUAUCAUUAGAAAAGGAGACACUGAAGGAACUUUGGGAGAGAUAAGAGGAAAACCACUAGAGGACAAAGACCAAGUAAUUGAUGAGUUUGAAGGAGAGCAUGAUCAACGGUGUUAAAGGCAGCAGAGAGGUCAAGAAGAAUUAGUAUGGAGUAGUGGCCUUAGCAGUGAUUAGGUCAUUAGUGACUUUAAUAAGAGCAGUCUCAGUAGAGUGGAGGGGGUGGAAGUCAGACUAAAGAGGGUCAAGAAGAGUGUUGGAAUUGAGGAAGUGAGACAUAAGGGAAAAGAAUAAUGAUUGUUUGUAGUUCUGCAUAUAAAGGCAGCAGAGAGUCUCAGAAAUGCCUAGUAAUUAUUAAUUCAAGUUUUAUCUGUGCAGCAUAUGGCAUCAAAACAAGCCGAUGGCUCCACAUUUAAAUCUUUUUUCAAUAUCUACUUUUUAUAGGCAUGCUUUUUGCAAACAUCCGGAGAGCCUUAACCCCCUUAAAGACCAAGUUUAGUUUGUUUUUCACGAAAGGAUCAAAGCAAUUUUUGCUUUGGGUUUCGUCAACAGCAAUUUCUAUGUUUCUCAUUUAAUACACCAACACAUAUAUACAAUUUUUAAGGCUUUAAUGUGCCUUAACGUCGGCAGGGGGUGGAGAGUUCCCCAGCACAGAGGGAGCCCAGUGCUGGAGAAAGGUAAGUGGCUGAAGGGGUUUUAACCCAUUCAUCCCUGAGGGUGGUGGGGACCUAAUGACCCUAAAGUGCCAGGAAAACGAGUUUGUUUUCCUAGCCCUAUAGUUCUCCUUUAAGUAGUGUUUUUGAAGGAUUCCCUCAACUCAUGUCAUCAAAGGAAUUCCCUUGCUGAUUUCAGUAGAUGGAUUUCCUUACUAGCCCUAAUACAUAACCUAAUCCCAAUCCUAAAAUUAAAUCUAAAGCCAAUUUAAAUAUAAAGCAAACUCUAAACUUAACCCCUUAAGGACGCAUGACGAAAAUUUUCCCUUAUGCUGAUCCUACCCUUAAGGACGCCGUGCAGUAUUUUUCAAGCAGGGUCUAUUACCUUACUGGUAAUUAUGAGCCCCAGGUAUCAUUUGAUUCAUGGGGCUCACCUGGGGCCAGAAUUAGUGGCCCCAGACUGACCGAUGCUCUGUUUGCAGAGCUCAAAGUGAGCGCUGCAAACAAGCACUAAAUCCCCACUAUUACAAUUUGGUGUGAUCAGGGUUAAAUCCCUGCUCACACAAGGGAGUUCCAGGUAUCAAUGGAAACCUGGGGCUCCCCUCUGUCAACUGGGGACAUUUUUAGUAAACUCAGACUUUUUGAUUAGCUACAUGCAGUGCUGGAAGUCAGCGCGGCAUGUAUCUGCUUAAAUAGGCUUUUAAAUACCUAUAUCUAGAUUGUGGUGUAAGCAGGGUUAAAUCCCUGCUCACACCGGGAAACCUAGGUAUCAUUCGAAACCUGGGGCUCCCCUCUGUCAGCUGGGGUCGUUUUUAAUGUCCCCAGACUGACAGCUGAGCUGCAUGCAGAGCUCAAAGUGAGAUCGGCAUGCAGCUGUUUAAAUGCGGAUUUAAAUCCCCAUAGAGCACAAUUCAGUGUGAGCAGGAUUAAAUCCUUGCUCAGACUAGGGAACCCAGGUAUCAUUAGAAGCCUGUGGGUCCCCUCUGUCAGCUGUUGCCAUUUUUAGUGGCCCCAGACUGACAGCUGAGCUGCAUGCAGAGCUCAAAGUGAGGUUGGCAUGCAGCUCUUUUAAUGGGGAUUUAAAUCCCCAUAGACAGCAAUGUAUCGUGAGCAGGGUUAAAUCUCUGCUCACACCAGGAAACCUAGGUAUCAAUAGAUACAUGGGGCUUCCCUCUGUCAGCUGGGGCUAUUUUAGGAGACUGCAAUACUGAAAAUAGCCAGCAAUUAUACCACUGUCUGUUUUAGUUUAAAAUCCCUCUUCUAAUAUCAGUACUGAUUUUAGCAGAGGGAAACCUUUUGGAUUAAGAUUAAAUUAAGGAUUAUUAUUCAGUUUAGAAUAAGUAUUAGAUCUAUUAUCAAGUUUAUUAUUAAAUUUAUGUUUAAGUUUAGGUUUAUAAUUAAUUGUAGUAUUUGGGAUUAUGGUUCAGAUUAGGGUCAGCACGGGCAUCCCUUGCUGAAUAUAACAAGGGAAUUCCUCUGCUGACACCAUUGCUAAAGGUUCGAUUGAGAUUAGGAUUAAGGUUAUAAUUAGGGUUACACAUGGGAUUACGUCCCUAUGGUAUGCAUUGGUGGCGUAAUUUAAAUAUAUGAGCAGUUAAAAUGCCCCAAAAUGAAACAACGACAAAGUCAGUUUGCCAUUUAAAAAAACAAAAAAAAACUGUACUGGGCCUGGUAUGAUUUUAGCCCUGUAUUUUUUUCACAAAAACCUGGCGAAAGCAUACAAAGGGGUCAUUUUUGUACUUCGGAAAUAUAGCUGAGAAUAAUUGUGAUUUAAUUUACAGUAGCAUAUAUCAAGUUUCCAAAAUUAACCACUAAAAUACAAGUGUGUAUAAAAAUGCAAAAAUCAAAUUUGAAAGAAAUUGGUGCUAACAUAACUCUAUAAUAUACUAUAUGACACAGCCCGUGGUGUCUACUUUCACAAAUGGUAUGCACUUAUGGGGCAAUUUUAACUGUCAAACUGCUACAAUGCCCUAAAAUGUGAUAUAGACACAUCAAAUCCAUUUAUCAAAAUUCUAAUUGUAAAAACUGUAAUGGUCAGGACUCUUUAAAGGCACUGUAGGUUCACUGGAUAGUGGCAAAGAUAUACAUUGGGGGUAUUUUGUUUUUUUCUGAAGAGUUUGCCGAGCAUAAUUAUGGGGGUUUGAUCACAAUGGCACAUACCAGACUGGAAAAAUUACCCCCAAAAAUGUAAUGUGUAUGUAAAAUAUGCAAAAAAAAUAAAUAAAAUUUUACCACAAAGUUUGACAUAAAUUGGUGAAAAAAUGCCAUCAUGUUAAGGCACAAUAUACACCAUAUGAGAUGCACUGUAGUGUCUACUUUCACAAAUAGGUCAUUGAGGGAUAAAUUCAACAGUCAAACUGCUACAACGCCCCAAAAUGAGACUUGCACCCAUCAAAAUUAUCUUUUUCUACAGCAGUAGUAUACAUAAGCUUUAUGAAAUACACAUAAAAAAAAUUGUUUUAUGUGUGUAUGCUAGAAAUUUAGCAGAUAUUGGCGUCGAAGUGGCUAUGUAAAAAGUGUCAGAAUACCCUUCGGUAAAUAGCCUGUGAUGUGUGCUUUAUAUAAAUAUAUACUUUUGUGCGGCAAUUUUGCUUUCUGUGAUGGCUAUUAAAGGACCACUAUAGGCACCCAGACCACUUCAGGUUAAUGAAGUGGUCUGGGUGCCUGGUCCAUCUAGGAUUAACCCUUUCUGCUGUAAACAUAGCAGUUUCAGAGAAACUGCUAUGUUUACCUAUGGGUUAAUCCAGCAUCUAGUGGCUGUCUCAUUGACAGUCGCUAGAGGCGCUUCCGCGCUUCUCACUGUGAUUUUCACAGUGAGAAGACACCAGCAUCCAUAGGAAAGCAUUGAGAAUGCUUUCCUAUGAGACUGGAUGAAUGCGCGCGUGGCUCUUGCCGCGCAUGCGCAUUCAGCUGAUGACAUCAGAAGAGGGAGGAGAGUCCCAGCGCCGAGGGAGCCUGGCGCUGGAAAAAAGGUAAGGGAUUAACUCCUUCCUCCCCCUUCAGCACCACGGGAGUGGUACACUGAGGGUGGGGGCACCCUGAGGGCACUAUAGUGCCAGGAAAACUGAGCGCCGGGUGGGGGCCAUAAAUAACAAUAAGGGGGGAAUUCAACCAAUCAUAGUGCUCUGUGUCAUUUUACACAGCGUGGGAAAGUUCUUUGGAAUUUUCCCACGCAGUGUAAAAUGACACAGAGAACUCUGGUUGUAUUUCAAGCCAACCAAUCAGUGUUCUGAGUCAAAUUGCAGUGCGUGGGAAGGCUUUAUAAGCCUUUCCCCACUCCGCGGAGCUCAGUCUGCGUCGUGCCCUCGCCGGGCAAAGAUGCAUUAAUUUUUUAGCGUUGGGUUUUUUAUAUUUCGUUUUUUUUAUUUUUUUUUACACUUUUGACAGGUAUUAUGGUUUUUAUUUGGGCUUUUUUGGUUCUGAAAAAUGAAGAUUUUUAGGAAAAAAAAGACAUCAAAUGGUAAGUUAAAUUUUUUUUUUUACAGGUAAUUAGUUCUUUUAUACCCCCUCACUAUUUUUAAGGUGAGGGGGGCAGGUAGGGGUUUAACAAUUUAUUUUUUGGGGGGUGGAGGGUGACUAGGGGCUUGGGGAUCCCUAGUCACCUUGGAGGAGGGACACGGGACAUUUUCAUUUAGGGCCCCCACCCGCCGCUCUGGGGUGAGGGCCAGGGGGAAAGACAAUAGGUCCCACCCAUACUCAUUUAGGGCACGCAGCCGCCGCUCAGGGAUUGUAGGCGGGGUGGUGGGGGACAAUAGGUAGGGUAGGGGCAAAAUUUACUAAUACUAAGUAAUCUUUACUUAGUAUUAGUAAAUUUGGCUGAAAGACCAAUUUAGGUCUUUCAGCCUUUUGGUAGAUAUCAGAUCGGAGUUUCAUUAAUUCGAAUGAAAUUCCGAUCCGAGCAAAUUCCCGAAUUGCGUCCUAACAUGAAUGAACAAACUGUUCUCAUUCUGUUAGGACGCAUUUCAGUAGUUUUGCCGGCGUUCUGUCUAAGUGACAGGAUGUUCAGGAAAAGUGAAAGGAAGCAUCGUGGGAACAGGGAGAAAAGGUAAGAAUUGUGGGAAAAUUUCUCAAAUCACCGGAAAUGAAGCACACUUUGCUCCUCCGCUGGUCAGGCGUAGGAAACCUCCAUAAGACAAAUAGUCCUUACUUUGUCUUAUGUUUUAAAGAAAACCAGAGCAGACAGGAAGAAAUGUAGAACAGAUCCUGAGAGAGGGAGAUAAGAGGAACCGAUUUAAAGAAAGGUAAGUUCGGCAUGACCGUGCCGCUUUAAGCUGCACUUAUUAUACAAAUGUUAUUAUUGCCCAAACUGUGGGGGGGGAGAAAACAAUUUUUUAUUUUUUACAAUAAAGAAGAAUUUAUAUAUGUAUAUGUCAGAUUAAAGCCCUUUUUGUCCUUUAAAAAAAAAAAAUGGUAUAUAACGUGUUGGUGCAAUAAAUAAGAAAAAUGCAAACUGAGGUUGAACACAAAUAGCAAAAAAUUCAAAAAUUGCUUGUGUCCUUAAGGGUAAGUCCAGUUUUUGAAGCUGCGUCCUUAAGGGGUUACUAUUUUUUUCUAAUCUAUAAUCUUAAUUAGGGAUCGACCGAUUAUCGGUCUGGCCGAUAUUAUCUGGUGCUAUUCUGUAUUUUCGGUAAUAUCGGUAUUGGCCAAUAAAGAUACCGAUAUUGCCGAUAAUACAUACCAGGACCGCUGGGCCCAUUACAAGACUGGGGGGCCCCGCAGCAAGCGCGUACUUACCUUCCCAGCUGCUCGCUUCAGCUCCACUGUGUAAAUCUUGCGAGUCCCGCGGCCGUCGUAAUGUUGCCACGGGUUACCAUGGCAACGCGGUACACAGGCCGCGAGAUUUACACAGGGAGCUGAAGGGAAGGUAAAUAAGCGCUCGCUGCGGGCCCCUCUGUACUUUCCAUGCCACUAGACCACCAGGGAAUGCUAUAUCCCCCCCUCCCUGGUAAGAAGCAGGGAGGGGUGGACUAAAAAAUAAUUAUUUAAAUAUUUUAAAAAAAAAUUAAAUACAAAAUGCAUCCUCCCCACAAAUUACAUACCUACAGAAACACACACACACACGGCAUUAUAUAAACACACUACACAAACACACUGUGUAUAUAAUGUAGUGUGUUUAUAUAAUGCAGUGUGUGUGUGUGUAGUUUUUUAUAUAAUGCAGUGUGUUUGUGCACACACACACACACUACAUUAUAUAAACAAUACACACACACUCUGCAUUCAUUAUAUAUACACACUACACAAACAAACUGCAUUUACUAUACACACUACACAAACACACAUACUUUGCAUUUAGUAUAUACACGCACACUACACACACACACACACUGCAUUCAUUUUACGCACACUACACACACUGCAUUCACUUUACGCACACUACACACACACUCUGCAUUUAUUAUAUACACUACACAAACACUGCAUUCAUUAUAUACACACUACACACACACUCUGCAUUCAUUAUAUACACUACACAAACACUGCAUUCAUUAUAUACACACUACACACGCACACUCUGCAUUCAUUAUUUACAGACUACACAAAUACAUUGCAUCCACUACACAAACACACAGCUCCUCUGUCUAAACACACUGCAACCACUACACGUGGCAUGUAUAUUUUGUGCAUUUACCUUUUAGAAAUUGUUUAUUUUUUCAAAAUGGUAAAUGUACAGAAUAUCGGUAUGUUAUCGCCUAUCUGCCUGAAAGUUCACAGAUUAUCAGUAUCGGCUCUAAAAAAUCAAUAUCAAUUGAUCCCUAAUCUUAAUACCUAAUUUAAUUCUAAUCACAAAGGGAUCCCUCUGUUAAUCUCAGUACUGAUAUUAACAAAAGGGAAUUUGAAGCUAAAACAGAGUGGUGUGUUGCUGUCAUCUACUGGCUAUUUUCAGUAUGUCCGCUUUCUAUCUUUGAUAUUGGAUAUAGUAUGAUCAAUGCAUUGUGAUCAGUGCUGGGCAGCUGACAAAGCACAAAACUGAUCAAAAUGCCAUUGGGUCAUGAAGGGACACAUUUCAGGGUCUUUUUAAACCAUCCCAAUCAGAUCUAGUAAGAGAAUCACUGUGGCUGAACAUGAUUGCUCAGCUGCAGAGUUAUCUAUGUAUUUAAAGGGCUAUAAACAGUGCUGACUUUCAGCAUGAAUGCAGCUCUUCAAGAAAAUGUGGUGCCUCAGGUGACAGAGGGGAGCCCCAAUUAUCUCAUCAGAGAUUUAACCCUGUUCACACUGCAUUGCUGUUUAUGGUGAUUUAAGUCCCCAUAUUAAAGGACCACUAUAGGCACCCAGACCACUUAAGCUCAAUGAAGUGGUCUGGGUGCCAGGUCCCUCUAGUUUUAACCCUGCAGCUGAAAACAUAGCAGUUACAGAGAAAUUGCUAUGUUUACACUGAGGGUUAAUCCAGUCUCACUGACAGUCACUAGAGGCAUCUUCCUCGAUUCUCACUGUGAGAAUCACAGUGAGAAGACGCUGACGUCCAUAGUAAAGCAUUGAGUAAUGCUUUCCUAUGGGCAGUUUGAAAGCGCGCGCUGACGUCGGCAGGAGGAGAAGAGUUCCCCAGCGCUGAGGGAGCCCGGCGCUGGAGAAAGGUAAGUGGCUGCAGGGGUUUUAACCCCUUCAGCCCAGCGGGAGGGGGGCCAUGAGGGUGGGGGGGACCUAAGGAAUACAUAGUGCCAGGAAAAUUAGUUUGUUUUUCUGGCACUUUAGUGGUCCUUUAAGAGCUGCAUGAUGAUCUCAUGUUGAGCUCUGCAUGCAGCUCAUAUGUUAGUUUGGGGCCACUAAUAAUGGCCACAGCUGCAAACCGAGCAUAUAGAGCUGAUAGAGGAGAUCCCCAGGUAUCAAAAGAAGGGGUUUAAACCCUGCUGGUAUUUUUACUGCAUGAGGGUCUAUGCUCUCACUGUCAUGACCUUCAUGUGGUCGUUACUUGGUUAAAAUGCACUACAGUAUGGAAAUUAAUCCAUAUUUAAUUCUAAUUCCCCCCAGAACUUUUCUGUGUAUGUUUAAAAAAAAAAAGUUAAUGUACCAUAUGGAUACCAAGUGCUUUAAUUGUUUUUUUCACAACUGCUUUCAAUAAAAUAAAAAAAUCCAAAACUGACAGCGUAACUUAAUAUUCCUUUAAAAUAACACUUCAUGUCAAAAAUGACCCCAAUUUCUUUUCAUGCAUGUUAUUUGGAAUGUACAAAUUUUCCUAGAUUUUAGGAACCAUACAAAAUUUCCAUGAGCCUCACGAAAUUUUUCGGAUGGACCAAAUUCGGUGAACGUAACCAAGUUCCAACCGGAUUGACAGUUCUCAUAUUUACUAAAGCCAAAUCCUCUCGAAAUUCUGUCAACUCAUCCAGAUCUGCACCAUUUUGUCAGUUGCAUUCAUGUCAACUUUAAAUUCUUAUAUCAUGUGCAGGAUCUAGACAUUUACAAAGCACAGAUUUUAAAGAAAGUCUAGACCAAAUCUAGCAGAAUGCCCAUUUACAAAUUAUAAGUCGCCUAUUUUUUGUAAGCGAACAAUAAUCAUCAGUACUUGUCAUGGGUUCAUGAGUCUAUUGCUGUUAUUCCUUCAAUCCCCCCCUAGUCCUAAUUACAGUUGUGUUUAACCCCUUAAGGACACAUGACGGAAAUAUUCCAUCAUGGUUCCCUUUUAUUUCUGAAGUUGUCAUUAAGGGGUUAUUAUAGUGAAAGUAUUCCCUUUGUGUAGAGUAUCCCCAAUAUAAUGGACGCAACCAGUCGUAUUGGGUAAAAGCAGCAAUCUCAACUUGAUUAGGCCACACUCAGCUUCUUAUGCAGUGCCCUUAGCAUGGGGUUUCUAAUACAAAAUCACAGGGGUUUCCUUCUCACAAGCCAUUGUGUUUAAGAGCUAAUUGAGCUCCAAUUAGGCUAAUCCAAUUAACUCUCAAAUAGGAAAACUUACAUACAAUUUUUACAUAUCACAAAAAUAGUAAUAGCAUCAGAACCCCACAAAAUUAUAUUCCGAAUAGCCGCGAUCUGAGCGCACAACAUAUCCAAAAAGCAUUCAGAUCGGUUCGGUAAAACUAAAGUUAUGUUUGUGCAUAUAUGAACUGGCUGCCUUGCAGAAGUGGUAUUGUCAAUUCCAAAAGGGGUUAACUUGAUUGUAUGGGAGGCCAGAGCCUACAACCUAAAUUCCUCUUUGAAGCUGGGACCCCAGAAGAGCUACUCUGUAAGAUGUGAGAAGUCACACAUGAGUGGCCUGGAAGUCUGGAACAUAAUUGGUUCACGACAUGAUAUCGUAAUUUCCUGCUGGACACCAAGACACAUAGCACAAUAGCUUUUACAUAAUACAAUUAACACAAUAGCUUUCAUCCAGCUCAACAUUAACACAAUGUGCCCCCAUAUCCUAUAUAUCAUUUUAAAGUCUGUGACUUGGUCCAUAGUCUGUGGGCAGGAGGCUAGCUGUUAUGCCUCUCCAGCAGGCUGUGGCACGGGAGCUUCCAUGACAGUACUUUUUACCUACUAGCAGCAUUGAAACCUUUGGUCUAUAGCCUUUGUUGGGCUACAUAUAUUUUAAAGUUACACUCCAACCUUCAUAAGCACUACAGAGCAUUGUAGUUAUUGUUCCAGGAGUGCCAUGGCCCGUCUUGCAGUGUAAAUAAUCCAACAAUUUGCUAACAGUUUGACUUCAUUCCUGGGGUCCACCACAAGAGUCAGGAGAGUCACUGCAUCCAGCAGCAUGCACAUUUACAAAUUAUCAUUCACUUAGGUUUUGUAAGCAAACCAUAAUAAUCAAUAGUUUUUGCCUAGGAGAAUGUGAUGUCCGUCAGGAUACCGCAAAGGGGGGCGGGGAAAGCCAUCUCUAUUACUGCACUAUGCAGAAACUGCCUACUGCUCCACUAAUAACACUGGUAGUGCUGCAACCUUCAUUCUCCUUUCACUACAAGCUGCUUUAUAAAAGGCACCAAUUAAAGUAGAUGGUUACCAUGCCUUUUCCAUUUUACACUGCAGUGAGUGAUAUUGCCAUAGGUCACAUUACGUUUAUUGCUGGUUGUAAUCCAGUGAUGAUCUGAUAAACCAUGUGAAUAAAGUGAGUCCUGUUUGUCAUUGUUGUUUGUUGUAUAUUUCAAUUGUCCCUUAUCACUGUGCCAUAGGAAAAGAGAUCACAUUAUUAAUGCAGACUCUGAACACACUCAGUACCCCAGAAGAAAAGCUGACUGCCUUGUGUAAGAAAUAUGCAGAGUUGGUAAGUAGAAUAAGUAGUUUUUGUCCUUUCGCAAAGCAAAGAUACAAGUUUACCAUAGACCGUACCCUUGAAUUUGCAGUGUGGCUUAUCAUGCUUCUAUGUGUUUCCCAAAGUUGGAAGAGCAUAGGACAUCCCAAAAACAGAUGAGGAUUCUGCAGAAAAAGCAAACACAACUUAUCCAGGAAAAGGAUCAGCUUCGUAAUGAGCACAGCAAGGCUAUCUUGGCUCGCAGUAAGCUGGAAAGCCUGUGUAGAGAGCUGCAGAGGCAUAAUCGCACCCUUAAGGUAAAUAAAGCUAUAAACAAAGCGUUCAUACUGUCCAACAUGGUACAGUUGAACUGUACACCUAUGCUUCCAAGCAUGUAACAUGUUGUCCUAAAGCUUAGUAUAAUAUAUGAGCAGUUUAAUAAAUAUACUGAAGCAGGGCAGCCAGAAUGACAACACUUUGGAGGUAAUGACAGUGACAAGAAUAACAGAGUGACAAUGAAAGCAGUAGAGGUGUUAAUUUAGUAAAUGUGUAGAUUAGCACACAUCUUCACUUACUGUUGCUAGCUGCGGGGAGCAUCCCACAUAAACGUGCAUUAUAUAGUAUGCUGUAUGCACAAGCGAGGUACUAAAGAGGCAACUAUUGAUGAGACACACAUUGCAAUGUAUGUGAGAACACACAAGAUUGCGCCCAGUGCUAUCACACACAAUUCCAAAUGGUGAUUACAGGUAUAAGCGUGCAUACAUAUUCAAUGCCUUAUUAGUUGCAAAACUAGAUGCAAGUAAUGGGCUGCUCAUAUAAGUCAGUGUUUAAAUCUUCUCUGAAUUUGUAUUAAUCUGCUCAGUCAUGCCCCCAUGGUAAAUGGCCACAUAUUUGUCUUUCACAUGUGGUUUAUGUGGUUUCUAACAGUACUCAACCCAAUGCAGUUUUAAUUGGAUGCGGAGAACACACUUUUUUUGACCAUCUUCAUGAAUUCAAUGUGGUGGGGGGGGGGGGGUAAUUUUCCUAAUCUGCAGAAUAAAUGGGUUAUAUGGACAUGCUCGCUCAUGUUAUCUGUACUCAAAUUGCACACUUUCUCUUUAUUCCCAACCCCCCCAGGAGGAAGGUGUACAGCGGGCGCGUGAGGAGGAAGAGAAACGCAAGGAGGUAACAUCCCACUUCCAAGUGACACUGAAUGACAUCCAGACACAGAUGGAGCAGCACAAUGAACGCAAUGCCAAACUGCGUCAAGAGAAUGUGGAACUGGCUGACAGACUGAAGAAACUGAUUGAACAAUAUGAGCUCAGAGAGGAGGUGAAAUUAACAAUUUUCAUUGGCUACCAAAAGUAAUAAUUUAUUUUCUAUUGAAAAAACUAGUCACAUUAAAGCAAAAGAGGUGGAUCAAAUGACCUGAGAGCACGGUCAGUAUAUUUGUUUCCAGAAAAUGGAUAUGAACAGAAAGAGGAAAAAAAUAGAGAUUUUAGAGCUAAUUUAAUAUUGAACUUUACAGGUUUGUUGUUUAGUACAUUUCCUUAUUUUGUUACUUGUUUUAUGUUUUUCUCAAAACAUAACUGUUAAUAAAAUAUUUAGCAUUCACACGUUUUCAUUUAUAAACAUUUGAAUAAAAACGUAUUUGCAAUGUAUAGGCAUUUUUAAAUAUUGUGCAUUGAUUGAGAUUGGAAAUAUUUUAUUGAUUGAGAAUAAAAAAAGAAAAUAACAUUUAUAGAACAUAAAAAUAUUUAAAAAGUGUAUAUAUUAAAAAAUAUAUAUAUUUAUUUUUUAUGCAUGUUAUUUUUAAGUAGUAAUACUUUUCAAACACCUAUAACAAGAAACUGUAUAAAGAUGACCUGUCCAAAGAAGGUUUUACUAAUACAUAAGGUGUACAAUAACCAGAGGGUAUUUUGAGGUAAUGGCGCUUGGGUCUGCCUGAAAAAAGGGCAUGUAAGUCUGGCAUGUGUGUAUACAAGGCUGACAGGCAGGUUGCUCAUGUGCAGAGUGCUGUCCAAGUACUCUUUGCACUGAGUGAACAUGUCUAAUUGUGUGCUCUUGCUGUACUUAUGGGGUGCAUUUUCCUGGUGUCCCCAGGGAACAACUACAAAAUGGUGGAAAACUGGUAAAUGUUGUAUACAGCAUAAAAUAAAGUAUCAAAUAGUUGUACACUAACUGAAAUAUACAAAAUAAGAAAUUAUAUUUACCUUGUAGUAAGGGUGUGCAAGUGAAGAUAGAUACUGCACUAGUACAUUAUUACCUAUGGCCAUAUAAUUACUUCCUGCAAUAUUAGAACCAGCUCUCACCAUUACUACCGUUCUCUGAGAUUCCUUCCCCCUUAUCUGCUAUUUCUUAUUUUGUCUAUUUCAGUUAAUGUAUCUGAGGCACAACUCAAUAAAGCCUGAUUAGAUACACAUUUACUGAUUUUAGUCUUAGCCCUCCCUUAGCUAACCCCGUACAUUAUUUGACACUUUAUUUUAUGCUCUGUACAACAUUUACCAGUUUUUGGAACCUAGUGAUCCACCAUUUUGUAGUUCUCUAAUCUACAGGGUUCAUGCCCAGGAUAGACUGGUACUAUCCUCUCUGAUUCUUUUUCACCGGACCUACUGGUCCAGUGAAAAAGCUGUUUAGUUCACCAGGGAGCAAACCCGGAAGACAUUAAAGGAACCCCAAGCUGGGACUGGGCAGUAAAUCCUUGACUGUAAAGUAGUUUAGUAAAAGAACAGUUUGUAGUUGGUGAAGUGUACUCAGCUGGUUGUAGUGCAGCAACACUUAUUUUGUGUUCUACAGACAACGGAAUUCUUUAUUUUAUUGUUCCAUUACUUUAGUCUUACGUUCAAUUUUUCUUUGCCCCCCAGCGAAUUGAUAAAGUGUUCAAACACAAAGACCUGCAGCAGCAGUUGGUUGAUGCCAAGCUACAGCAAGCUCAGGAAAUGAUGAAGGAAGUUGAAGAGCGGCAUCAGAGAGAAAAGGACUUUGUAAGUCACCUUAAGACUGUUUAUUUACCCUUCCAUGACAAAAUGCUACAGUCUGGACGUCAUCAUAGAUUGGUUUUAAGCAUGCUAUAUCCGCAUGUAGUACACAGUUUGUUUAUUAUUGUUCGCUUUAUAAAGCUUUGCAAUUGUUAAUUGAUUAGUUGUUAUAAUACGAUCCUUUUAAGAAAAGAUUAUGAUGGCAUAGACUAUCAUUGGUCCAUAAAUAUAUUCCCAUGUUUUUGUGUUAUGUGAAUCCAUAAAUUGCACAAACACUGCACAUCCAGAUCCCACUUCAAAAAGCAGAAGUGGUCAUGGUGGUUGGCGUAACCCUUUAAUUCCUUAGGAAUCGAUGAUCAUUUCAAUGUAGAACAGACUAAAUAUAUUUUGGCAUAUAGCAGUCUAUAUUGGUCUAUAUCAUGUGGUCUGGAGUCCACAUUUAUAAAAGCCAAAAAGGACAGGGGUAAAACUUAGCCAUUGGGAAGUUGAAAUUCAGCCCUGAUAUGCCAUGGACCCAACACUGUCUGUAAAGAUAUCCAGUGUUGUCUGAAAGCAGAGGCAUAUUGUAACAGUGGGCACACAGAGGCAGGGUGACUGUGUAUUCUAUUUCAAUCUUUUUUCAAGUGCUCUUGUUACAGGAGAAGUUUGCAUUAGUGAGUAGAUACUUUAGGCCUGGCUAGUAGCUAGUGAUAAUGAGUUUGAGUACUGGUAAACACACUCAACAGAAAAAACGGGGGAUCGCAAUUAAACUUGGUGUCCUAGCAUACUGGAUUAGCUGCCUUCCAAUAUGUCUAUCAAUAUUUAUAGCAAAUAUCACACUUGCAUUUGGGGGCUCACACUGUAAAAAUGAUCUCCAGGCUGAGGGUUACUACAGGUUUCAUCCUUAAAAUACAACAAUAAAAUCCAAAUUAAAUAAAUUACGUAGUUGAUAGGGAGUGUCCUAUUAAAUUUUUUUUCCCUGUUGCAAUUAGGAUUGAAAGUAGACUAGGUAUCUACAAAUCUGGAUUUUUAAUUUGGUUUGUGUCCAUUGUACAUGCAAGUCAAACCUCUGCAUCUUCUCCAUAUAGUAAUGUACACAUCCAUGUGUGUAUAUUCUUGGGUUGGAGACUGAUUUUUGUGAGCAUUAUAGAUUGUAUCUAUAUGCUGCUAGAAUAGAUAAAUGAGCAGUUUACAUGCAAUUUGACUAGAAUGUACAGAUGAAAUGUUACCCUUUUCAAACUCCAAAAUAGUAAUUUUUGUAAGUUUAAGAACUCAAGCUUAUUUUUUCUAUAUGGAUUAAUCGCUUGUGUUAUGUAGGCAAACUGGUUGUGUAGACGUAGAUCUUUAAAGUUCAUUUUGCCAUUUUACCUCUUUUACUACCUAGUUAUUGAAAGAAGCAGUGGAAUCUCAGCGUAUGUGUGAACUAAUGAAGCAACAGGAAACCCACCUUAAGCAACAGGUAUGGCUGUUUUUAAUGAUUGUAUAUCUGUGAAAACCUCCAAGAUUUAAAGGGACACUAUACUCAAUACUACAACUACUGCUUCUUGUAUUUGUUCUUGUGAGUAUAAUCCUUCCCGUUAGGCUUUUUGCAGUAAACACUGUUUGUUUCAGAGAAAAUGCAGUGUUUACAUUACAGCCUAAGAUACCUCCACUGGCCACUCCUCAAAUGGUUGCCAUUCAGUGUCUCCACCCUCUGCAUUGAUUCCAUGCAUCUCUAUGAUUGGAUGCUGAUAGGCCAGGGCUGUGUUUGGUUUGUGCAGCCUCUGCCCCUGAACUACCUCCUUGGCCAGUCUCAGCCAAUCCAAUGCUGUCCUGUGGGAAAGAAUUGUGAUUGGCUAAGAUCCCCACUUCUGAAGAUGUCAGACAGAUCGGGGCAGAGCCAGCAGAAGCAGACUGAAAUGAAGGUAAGAUUUUGCUAUAUUUAGGGGGGUAGAUAGUGUUUUUAACUCUAUAGUGUCAAGAAUACAUGUUUGUGUUCCUGACUCUAUAGUGUUCCUUUAAAGUGGUAAAAUAUCCUGCAGCGGUGCUUUCAGCAGGGUAAAAGUCAUGUUUCAUUCUUUACUUUUUUUCCUCCUGGUUAAAUCUUUUAUUGUGUUUAUAGACAAGGCUACAUUGCCUCCUUGUAAUAAGAAUCUUCCCUGAAUCUUCUGUGUCUAAAGAUGGUACAAGAUGGCUUUCUAAAUGGAUUUUAACAUCAUAUCACAUUGUCUCCCUUCAGUUGGCACUAUACACAGAAAAAUUUGAGGAGUUUCAGAACACGCUAUCUAAGAGCAACGAAGUAUUUACAACCUUCAAACAAGAGAUGGAGAAGGUAGGAAACACCAGAGCCUGGUGUUAAAACACUAAACUACGAAUGACUUCUAAAUAUACCCUUCAUCCAUCCUCUUUUUCCAUUUCAUGCAGAUGACAAAGAAGAUCAAGAAAUUAGAGAAGGAAACAACUAUGUACCGAUCUAGAUGGGAGAGCAGUAACAAGGCUUUGCUAGUGAUGGCUGAAGAGGUGAGAGAAACUUUUUUAACUGAAAUGAGUGGAUGUGGGGUGUGCUGUAUGCUUUAUUAUUCUGUUCUGAAUCAGCAAAUUUGCAGAUAUCACCAAAUUGGAUUAACAAAACUACACUGACUUUUUAAAUUUUUUUAUUUAAAGGGACACUAUAGUCAGCCAGACCACUUCAGCCCAAUGAAAUGGUCUGGGUGCUGGGUCCCCAUGGUUUUAACCCUUCAGAUAUAAACAUAGUUUCAGAGAAACUGCUAUGUUUACAUUGCAGGGUUAAUCCAACCUCUAGUGGCUGUCUUCCUGACAGCCGCUAGAGGCACUUCUGCAACGCUGGAUGCGAAAAUCGCAUCCAGCAUGCAGAACGUCCAUAGGAAAGCAUUGAAAAAUGCUUUCCUAUGAACUGUAUGAAUGCGUGCGCGGCUCUUGCUGCGCAUUCCGCUCCACAUGGGAUUAAUGUAACAAACUGAAGGGGUUUUAACCCCUUCAGCGUCACAGGAGGGGGUCCUAAGGAUGCUAUAGUGUCAGGAAAACGAGUUUGUUUUCCUGACACUAUAGUGAUCCUUUAAAGGAAACUCCCCCCCCCCCAUCCCCUCCAAAAAAAUAAAUGAUAUUUUCACCUGUGUGACCUGUCAUUUUUAAUAGCCGUGGGUCAGAAUCUCAUCUGAACAAAAAUUGUCCUCACUUGCCCGGGUGCUCUUCAUUCACAGUGUAAUGUUACGUAUCAAUAACCUGCAGCCUAUGUAAAUGUAAUCUUAAAGAUCUCAGAAGAUAUGGAGCAGCUCUUGAAUGUCUCUUCAGUGCAACUGUUCCAUAUCUUCUGAUGAUCUUGGUCCAACCAAUAAUACAUUCUUUUAUGUUCUUUUCAAUUUAUAUUAAUCUAGCAAAUUUUGUAUCAUCAUCCAAUUGUAAAGGAAGAGAAAUAGGAACAAUGUUUAAUUCCUCCUCUUCUCUGUAUACUUUCAGUAUGAUAAUUGUAGGGUACAAAAGGUGUGGAUUUCUUUAUUUAAUUUUUCAUUUUAUUUUAACACCUCACAAAUGCUUAUUUAGUUACAUAUAGGAAUAAUUAAUAGUAUUAAAAAUCCUGGAAAUGGCAGUUUUCUUUUUAAAAUAAAGUGUUUGUGUUGCAUAGAAUGUCCCUUUAAAGAGAUGUUCUAAGUUAUGAUUGGUUCACUUUAAAGUGGCUCUGUCACAAUAAUAUGAAUAUUAAAUUUUUCCUAAAGUUAGUCCUUAUAAAAACUCAUACUGAUUAUGUUAUAAUUGCAUUAAAAUAAUCAUAAAAAAGAUAACGUAGGGACAUUCUUUGCACUAAAACAAGUUUAGCUCAAUGAAACCGGUUUGGUGUGUAGAACAUGCCCUGCAGUCUCAUUACUCUGCUGUUUAGUGUUAAUCGUUUUGUUGAUGUAAUGCUUGUCACACAUACUUUGGCUGUGACUCACACAUCCACCGUGGGAAAAGGAUUUAUUUUCAAACUGAUCUUACAGCAGAGUUGGUUUGCUUUAGGAAGUUCUUGUUUCCUGCAUUUCUAAAUGUAUCACUGUAUUAAAAAGGGAUUUUUUUUUUUCUUCAAAAUGAGACCUCUUUAUUAGGAUGUGUUUAGGAAGGCUAUGUCAGCCCAUGGGAGGUGUGCAUUUUCUGCAAAAACAUGCACCUGACAUUAUGUAAAAAGUCCUCAGUCCGAUGCAUUCUUAUUAGAUGUCUGGACUGUCUCUCUAAGCAUGCAAUGCUUUUAAAUUGUGAAAUAGCAAAUGUGUUUACUGCUAAUACAUUUAACCUUGAACAAAGUAAAGCUAGUUAAACCUGGAUUGUACAGUAAUAUACCGUAAUACCUUCCUGGAAGACACAGGGUAGUGAGAGGAGACAGAACAAAUAGGAUAUGCAGAUAAAGUGCAAUAAAGAGGAUAAGACAAAUAAAAUGCAACAAGCAAAAUAUAAAAAUCCAUAGAUAAACCAAAUCUCCCACUACAACUGGCAAGAUAUAUGAGGUCCCCACCUGAGGCUAAAUAAACAUGGAUAAAAUGGCAAAGGAAUAGGAGAUCGGUGGUAUAUAGAAGGCACAGUAAUUAAUUGACUCUCUCACAAACUACCUCAGAGUGGAGAUCUUUGGACAUUUUAAUACUGUGGCUAACUACUGCCAAUCCUUUUUUCUUACUGUUCAGUCAUUUUUCUGAUUUGUUAAAUCACUGUUGCACUUUGAACAUACAGACAUUUAGUGGAUAUUCCAUUUUUUUUCUUUCUAAACUGUCAGUAUUCUAUUAUACCACCUAUCUCCUAUUCCUGGUUGCCUCAAUAGCAGAGUUCUUUGCUAUUUUAUCCAUGUUUAACCUAGUAUAGCCUUCUAGGCACUGAUUUAGGUACAUUAUGAAAAUUUGUUGAGUAAUGCCUAUAAUGUAGUUUCUUAAUGAAGUGCGCCAAUAAGCCUAUGGUUUUUGUCAGUAGUCUUUGAAGUUUAAAAGAUCUCUGUGGUUGUUUUAUAUCAUGUGGCAGGAAUACAAAUUUGAAACUGUAAUAAGUCUUUCAAACAUUCUUUAUUUCAGAAAACUCUCCGUGACAAGGAACAAGAAGCAUUGCAUGUCAAAAUCCAGAAAUUGGAAAAACUCUGUCGGGCUUUACAAACCGAGCGCAAUGACCUGAAUAAAAAGGUCCAGGGUUUGAGUGGACCUCCUGCUCCUUUACCAGAAGCCCCACCAGGGGAGUGUGUUAUCUGUACACCCACACCUUCUGAAGAGAAUGUAGAACUGAGCAGCAGCGGGGUGUGUGGGCAUAAUAGUCUGCAGGCUCCAACACAAUCUUCUACUCUUGCCACUUCUGCUGCAGAAUGAUUCAGGCUGUGAUGAUUGCAUUCCUAUCUCCUUUUAUACAACCGCUUCCAUUUUAUACCCACCUCUACACCCUAAGAUAUGCACUCUAUGCUUGCAAGGUUGUUCCCCAGACAAGAUGCAGCAGACAGUUCAGGCAGGGGUACACACAUGGAGGUGUAGUAACUAAUAAAAGUAAAAUGUGCCUGCAUCAUGUUACAGAUUGCUCUCCUAAAGUGUUAGGUAAGAAAGAUAUGGCUUGGCUCUUUAUUAAAAAAUAUUUUUCCAAAGGAGCAGUGCUCCUUUUAAAAUUAAAGUCUGGUUUAUGUGAAAGCAUACAAUUUUAGCUUUCGAGAUUUGUUCUUUAAUACUGAUGCCUGCGUAAGAAUAGAAGGAUAUAGCACUUCCAAAACAAGGAAAAGGUCCCUCCACGGUUUUGAAAAGCUAGUAGGCUACAUAGUUGUGUGACCAUACAUGUGCUUUCAAGAAAGCAAACCCAACUAAUUAAUUUAUUUUGCUUUUUAUUGCCUUUUAAAAAAAUAAUUAGAACCCAUAAAUAUCUUACUAGCAAUAUAGCAUUUACCUACCAUUUUGGGUUAUUUGGAAAAUACUGUUUUUAAAAAUAGCCUAAGAUUGGAUCAUUUGUAAAGUGUUUACCUCUCCUUCUGAUGAAUUUGGGAUAUUUAUGCAUUUUUAAAGUGUAAUUUUAAUUGGCACUUUGGUGUAAAAAGUGAUUUACGAGACUGUGCACAAAUAAACCCUGGCUUCAGGUACCAGUUUAAAUUUGGUUUAGCCUGCAGUAAAGUCACAUAAAUUGUCAAAUCAAGCUUGCAGAAAGGUAAUUUAUUAUUGUAGUCCAGUUUAUAUGGUAUGCUGCAUCUGUACUUAUGGAGGAGGGGAAAAGGGAGGUAUCUAAUAAUGUGGAAUUGCCUAAUAUAAGUGCCACCAAAGAGAUUAGUCUUAAUGAAUUGCUGAUCCCUCCUCUCUGUUCUUCUUACUUUGACUUACCUGUAAAUGUAAUCAUUUUUACACCAGUGUGCCAGUAUGCUACCCCUUUCAGGUACACUACGAGAUCCGUUCUUCCCCUUUGCACACACUCUAAUGUAGCAGGAGUGGACAAGACCAAACUAAAACUACAGGGUGUAGGAGUAGAACCCAUUCCAUUUGUGUGCUCCUUUCCAUCACCUACAAUGCCUGGUUUGUUUCACGUUUGUAACCAAAUCGGUGUAUUUUUGUUCUUUGAGGCUUUAAACUGUGUGUUGAUCCUACCUCUCCUCAUUGGUGAGUAAUCACACUACCUGAAUAUGAAGGGAUCCACUAUUGUAUUUCAGUGGGAAUCAGUAAAGACUGUUUAAAAUAUAAAAUAAAAAUAAUUAACAAUUGCAUAGUACACAAUGCAUUGCACAUUGCUCUUGUCUGUGUUGUCCCAUAAACACCAUGCAGAGCACUAUGCUGUAGGACUGAUCAGCAUGUAGGGAUUAGCCAAACCUUUUCAUACUCUUUAUAGUUGCUGACCUAUUAUAUUUGUUGUUUAGAGCUGAAUGUAAACUCCAGUUCUUCAUUCUUUUGUUCUGUAUAUUGGUAUGCAAAUAGUGUACAAAUCAGUACAUCUAAUACCUGGUGCAUUUUGGCAGUAUCAUCUUCAGUACUGAUGUAUAUUGCAGUGUUAUUUCUGGGGGUCUAUUACAAAAUGCUGCUGUAAGUGUUCAUGCAGCACUUUGCUCUGUAUGGUGUGUGUACACCGCUCUGAAACAAAAUGCAUAUAUAGCCGAGUGUAUUUUUUUGUUUGUUUGUUUUAUCCUUGUUUCAAAGGAUUUUUAUCCUGCAAUGAUUGUAUCUUAAACUCAUUUGGGUGAAUUUCAAAGCCCUUACCACUAUUUCAACAUUUAUGUUAUAUAAGCCAACAUUUCUUCAGUUAUUAAUAAAUAAAGCAGAAUUGGGUGUACAUUUUGCACUAUAUGAACAUUAAUCUGACCAGUGUCUGGCAGCAAAGUCUAUUCAUGGUAAAUUUCCUAAAGGUUUAAGAGAAAUGGUUUCCUCUUAUAGUAGUGGCCUGUUCUUCUGCUGAACUGUUUAAAAGGACACUGCACUGCUCAAAAUACAAAAACAUAAAAAGCUAUACCCCAAAU